AUAAUAUUUUACAAUUUCCUUUCAAGACAUCUCAUCAUAUGAUGCACUUAGCAGCUCCUCUAGUAAAUUAUCCUAAUGCUUAUCAACUUAAUUUUAUUCCAUCAAAUUAUGCACCAAAUAUAGGCGUAGAAGAUACCAAAAGCACCCUACAUUUAAUAAUAGAAGAAUUAUAUAAUGGGAGAAUAUUAAGCUUUCAUCCUGUAAUUAAACGUUUAAUGGAUCAAAAUGAUUGUAGCAUUGCAUUUGAAGCAUUUACUAAUUUACCUCAAAUUUAUAAAAUAACAACUGAUUAUAAUCUUAUAAUUGAAACUCUAAAAGAAAAUCUAAGCAUUAUUUUUGAUGAAGUAAAUAAAAAAAUAUUCCCAAAACAUUUGAGUAGAUCCUGUCUAAUAAUUAGAGAUAUGCCUAAAAAAAUAACACUAGAAGAUAUGAUUACAAUUUUCGAAAAUAUAAAUCCCAAACCACUUUAUAUUGAAUCAGCUGGGGAAACAUGUUGGUAUGUUUUGUUUGAUGACAAAAAAUCAGCAUCAAAAUGUUAUUUGAAUCUACAGGCACAGGAUACCAUAGCAUUUAACAUGGAUAUGAAUGUCCGAGUGAAAGUUAAAGAUACCCCCAUACCUAAUCAGUUCCUAUCCUCUCAACAUCAUCGAGACCCAGCUAACACGGCUUCCAAUAUAUUACCCAUUGAAUCACCUAACAAUAUUAUUAUCUCUAGUUCCUUCUUCGACAAAACAAAUCACAAUGGGAACACAUCUUAUACCAACACAAACUUCGAUCAACCCAAUUUGAUGACUACCAUUGGUUUGGAGGCUUCUAAGACUGAAGAUAAAUUCAAAAAUAAAAAUGUUUACAAUAGUGAAAUCUUUACCAACAAUCAAUAUAGUCCCCGUGCCAUAAGUCUGAUAUAUGAUAAUUGCAUUUCUGGGGAUAGUCAGCAAACACUGCCUGAAUUAAUUAACAUUACUACGCCCUUGAAUACCCUGAUGCCUGCCAAUAAACCCUUUCAAAAACAGCACUAUAAUCAUCUUAUAAAACAACCUUCUAGUGAUUCCUAUAUAUGGACACACCACCAUUCGAAUAUAAGACAUAUCAACAAUAGUGGUGACACUAACAAUAUGUCUCAUACUCCAAGUGAUAAACUAUUCAAUACCAUCAACCCAUUUUUAAAUUACAACAGUCUUAAGGAAAGCAGUACCACCAUAAACGGACUGUAUCCUCAAAAUGUUGGGAUUUCACCCUUUGUGCCUCCUUUGUUGCAGGCUAAUCACCAACCUCCUUGCAUCAAUACUAAUAUCAACGUUAUGUCCUCCAAAACUUCCAGCAAUAAAAUGAUGCACUUUAAUUAUGGCAUGCCUCAGUACCUUUAUCAGUACCCUUCGGCUUAUAAUGGGGUACCCAAUUUGAACAAUUCUCAUAUCAACGGUUUUAAAUACAAUCAUCCCUCCCCAAACAAUUUUAAUCACUUGUACAAAAAUUUGGGCUUUAAGGGCACUAUGUCUAGCUUACCACUUACUUACAACACCAAUUAUGCUUUGAAUAACAAUCUUGCCAUUGGUAAAUCCAAUUCCAACAUAGGAUCAAGCUAUAACAGAAAAAAACAAGCACUCAGUGAUCCAUUCAGGUACAAUAAUCUCCAAAGCAUGAAUUAUAAUAACUACACCAGCAAAUAUGUAUCACCUAACACAACAUUAGCUUCCAUCAAUUCAUACAAUUGUCAGUCACAUGAUCUUUUUGAUGCGACCACUCGACAUUCUAACAAAGUUACCCAAAUUGAAAGCGAUAAUUCUCGUGUUUCUGAUAUUAGUGACACUUCUCCGAUUAAUACCACUUCCCUCGACAAUAUCCCACACAAUGCUGAUUCUACUAUUAGUCACUCCAAUAAUGCAAACAUUGCUGAAAGUUUUUCAAAGCCAAUCAGUCUUUCUAGUGAUAUCUUUGAGCUCGAUAAACAAAUCGAUUUAUUAAGCCACACCCAAUCAAAUAUUCUCUACAUUAACAACAAUUCACAGUCACAAAUAUCGGAAUUUCAAUCACCCUUAUCAACGGUCACAUCACUUUUGCCUAAUUUGACACUGAAUAGCCUAUAUUUAACAGAUUCUCAAUUAUUGCAGACAUUGCCUUCCAUCUCCAACAACAAAUUAUCUCGUCAAAAGGCGUUACCGAAUAUGGCCUCCCAUGUCAUAGCUUCUAUGUUUAACUGUGAGACAAAUGAUAUUUAUCAGGAAAACACAUCCUUGCACAUCGAAAACAUUAAUAUAAUUACUACAGAAAUGCAUGGUGAUUUACAAGUUAUGGAAUCUGAAUCCAAACUGAGCUAUGCACAGGCUCUUUCUCGCAAAAAAACAAUAUUCAAAAAUGAUAUCGAAAAAAAUUUUCAACCUGAUAAAUUAUUGGAUGUUGAAGAUAAAUCUUGUGUUGAAUGGACCGAAGAAACUAACUUGCCAAUCGCCUUAACUGGAGAAGUUGCAGAUUAUGGUUUGAACAUCAAAGAUGCCGAUCAAUGUGAAAACAUCAAAGAUGUAGAUGAAGGUAUAACCAACAAUGAUGCAAUAUUAGAUAUAGAACUAGGCGAGACCAUUAAAAAUGAUUUAAACUGGGAAAGUUCGUCUUAUAUACCAUUAAAAAAUACCAACUCUUUUACUAGCAUAGGAUCUGAUUCUGAUAACGUUAAUAACUCUUCUGAAAAGACUUUUAAACUUAAGAAUCAUAAUAGUAAUAUCACAUUAAGAAAUUCUCGAAGGCCUCCAAAAUCAAUCAACUAUGGCGCAAACGUUCAUAGUAACCAUAAAAAUAAUCUGGAAUUUAAAACUUCAAAUAAUUUCAAUUAUUACCAAAAAUUUACCUCCUUGCCUUUCCACCCCAGAAAUAUAGCCGCUACGAAACACCGAUUGUCCACCUCUACCGAUAACAAAGACCCUCCUACAUUCAUUAAUAUCAAUAAAAACCCUAUACCAUAUUCUCAAAAUGGAAACAUUUAUUUAAAUAAAAGUCACAAUCUCCGGCCCACACAAAACAAUACACCCAGAUGCAAUGGUUUCAAUAACGAUUGGUCAAGUUCGAAUUCUAAUCAUAUUGAUAAAAGCGAAUCUCUCAACAAGAAAUCCACAGUUCAAAAUAGUAGCCACUGUUUGAAAAGAAUGAAUGGAGCCCAUUAUAAACCACACCUUCAUAACCCAACUUCUGGUGCUAAUUAUAUCAAACGAAAUUAAAAUAUGUAAAUAUUUAUUAAACACCUUGUGGUCCAGAUAUAAAAUCAUAUAAUAUUUUUUUUACCAUAUUUCUAAUAUUGCUUAUAAUAUAAUUUUUAUAAUAAUUAUGAAAAUAGUUAAUGUUAUCAAUUAUUCUUUAUAUAGUUUAUAACUCUAACCUAUGUACAUAUAAUUUUUAUGGAUUUUAUCUGAUCAUUCGAUUUUACUAAAUUUUUUAAAUAUGUUUUUAUUAAUAGUGACAUUUUCUUAGAAAUAUUAAAAUUUCGUUUAAAAGAUAACUAAUGCAUGCAAAAUUCGUGAAAUUUACUCUAUGAAAUUAUAUGAAGAAAUCAUUUUUGCAUUUUUAAGGCCAUCACCUAGCUGUAUGAAUGUAUAUGCUAUAAAUAUUUAAAAAAUAUGUAUGUCAUAGCUAAUAAUAUUUUCAGCAAGAUGAAAAUUUGUUUUAUUUUUAGAAUUUUUUAUUAUUUGUUUAAAUUUAAAGGGUUUUAAAAAAUUUUACGAUUGUUUAUAAAAUAUUAAUUUUUAAAAUUAUACUAAUGAAUAUUGUAUAAAUUUAUACAUCAUAUAAUUUUACAGCUUGUUUUUUAAAUA